UGCAGAGGCACGUCCAACAAAGCAAUUCCCGUAGCCGGCGAAGGUUUCGUCAACUUCCACAACACCAUGUUGGACAAGCAGGCUUAUCCGCCCUUGUUGGAGGAGGGGAGACCUCUUCCUCUUCGUCAACACCAACAGCACCGAGGGGCUAUCCGGCGCUGCGUGACUGGAGCGGCUUUACUCUGUCUCGGAUUCUACACUAUCUUCGUGACACUGCCGGUCUUCAACCACAUCAAUCGACCGUCUUCAGUAUCCCGCUACGAGGCAUUCGAGAAAUGUUCCAUUGAAAAUCUCCGAGAAACAGGAUACUAUUUCCUGGACACGGCAGCCCCGAUUUCGGUCGAGGAAUAUGAAGAGCGCCGCAACCGCCUGGCGCGGGCUCUGGUUGCCGAUGGGGCAGAUGCCUUCGUGGUGGAACCAGGAUAUACGUUCAAAUACUAUGCGAACGUGAGCCAGCCGGAAUGGGAGGUGUGGGAGCCCGAGGAGCGCCCUUUCCUGAUGGUGGUGCAACCACACCGCCACUCGUCUGGCCAGGUCACCGCGAAGACGACGUUCCUGUCGCCCUCAUUUGAAGCUGAACGAGCUCGACUGCUCAACAUGCCGUUUGUGGACCCGAUCGAGAUCAUCCCCUGGGAAGAACACUGGAGCCCGUACGACACGUUGAAGAACUCGGUGAUCUUCUCGGCUCUGGAUCGGACUCCUCGGAUCAUGGUAGACGAGGAGAUGCGUGACUUUAUCCAACGAGGACUGGGCCAGGUGGGAUUUGAGAUCGUUGGGCUGAUGGGAGAGGUCGAGAGAGUACGGCAGAUUAAGUCCGACGCUGAAGUGGGUAUUCUCCGCGCCGUGAAUACCGGGACCGUGGAAGCCGUUCGGCAGAUGCGCAAAUGCCUCUACCCCGGGUUGACGGAAAAUGAAAUCGCGACUGUGUUAGACAACACCCUCCGCUCAGCCGGCUUGGAGCCUUUCUUCGACAUUGUCUUGUUUGACGAGAACGCCGCGAACCCGCAUGGUGGCACCAAUGGCUCGAAGGUGCUUGAGCCGGAGACAUUUGUCCUGAUCGACGUCGGCGCCCAUCUUCUCGGUUAUUCGUCGGAUAUUUGUCGGACAUUUUUCCCUCCGUUCCUUGAUCAACCGACUGAUGGUGUGCCGGUCCCAGCGCAUCUGAAGGAGAAAUUGGAGGUGUGGGAUAUUGUCUUCGAGGCGCAGACGCGAUCCAUCGGCCAGUUUCAGGUCAACUCCAGUGCAGCCAGCGUCGACAUUGCCGCCCGACAGGUGAUCACCAAUGCUGGGUAUGGUACUGCCUUUACCCAUCGCGUUGGUCAUGGAAUCGGUAUCAAAGCCCAUGAAAGCCCGUACCUCAACAAAGGUAACCACGGGACGCCCCUUAAAGCGGGGAUGACGUUCACCUCGGAGCCCGGUGUAUAUCUGGUCGACCAGUUUGGCGUGCGCCACGAGGACAUCUUCCUCGUCCGGGAGGGCGCGGAGGCGGAGUUGUUAACGGGUCGACGGGCCAACGGGCCUUGGGAGCCUUGAGCUCCAUAUCGAAGGGGGCAGUCCACGCCAACAGUUUCAGGGGGUAGGAGCGGGUGAAAGUUGAGGAGAGUCGAAGAUGGGAGAUGGUGGUGGUUGUUUUGUUUGACAGGUUUGACAGGUUGGGGAACGGACGCGGGGAAUCCGGACUGGGAUUAGCUCUGGGGCCUCAGGCACUACACACAAGAUUUGACUUGGCGGUCGGCGUCGGAUCAUCCUCAACUGAGUUGCAACUGCUCGCUCCUUGAUUUUGGCUUCUUGAGUCUUGUAUAGCUCGUCUGCCUUAUGUAUCUGGGCUAGAUAGUUCAUUGACCCAGACCGAGACUCACAAACUGCAAGUACUUACUAGUACCAGGCCAAAAACAGGCUCUUGCUCGGG